AUGAAGGUCGACUUUAAGAAAAUCUUCCCCGCAUUGACGGCAUUCAUCGCAUUCAUCCUCACAUUGUGCUGUCUAUUUGCCGGGACACAGCAAAACCUUCUCGAUGGCGCCGACCUUCUUACGCUCUAUACCCCCGAAGGCGGCACCGAUAGCAAAGCCAAUUCCUUCUAUUCCGUUCACGUUAUGUCAUUUUGCCAAGGCACCUUGGAGAUACUCGAGCCGGGGAGCUCUGGCAGCGCACGCAAUGUGACAGAGUGCUCGAACCGCAAGCUCUUGUUCGCCUUUGAUCCUACAGAAGAAUGGGACCAUGGGGUUUCACAUGGCCCGAAUCUAGAAUGGCCCCGAGUGAUCAGCGACGACUUCCACGCUUUCCGUAUGACGACUCGAUCGAUGGCAGUGAUGUACAUGAUUGGCGUUGGGGCGAUUGGGUCUGCACUGGUCGCGCGAGUUGUCUCACUCAUCGCCCCGAGGAGACAACAAGGACUGUUUGAAUUCGGAUUCCUGGUGUUUGGGGCUCUAAGUAUCAGCAUCGCCUCGAUCAUUGCGACGGUGAUCGCAUUUGAAUUUGUCGACCUUAUCAACGCGCACGGCGAUGGAUCCAACGUGUCAGCCAAAUAUGGCGACAAAUUCCUUGGCAUGACUUGGGCAUCAGCCGGGUUGCUAUUGGUUGGCAGUAUCAGCAGUUUCAUCAACGUAUUUGUCCGAGGCAUGCAACCUGAGCCGGUGCCUGCUUCGAAGGACGAGGAAGAGGGGGACUCGGACUAG